AGUUAAUCAGCUGUUCGUAGAUGAAUUGGCACUUUUGCAUCGAAUCUUGACCUAUCAGAACCAGAUUAUUUUUUGUACGGCUUUUAUACGAGUUCUUACUAUCGAAAUUUUAAAUAACCAAGUUAUGAGUGCCGAAAUUACGCCCACCAAUCCGAUGGAUGCCAUCGUGUCGGCUUUGAGUACUUUGGAAAAAGCGAAUGAAAGUGCUGGCGAUGCCCAGAAGGUAAACGAGGCCAUUGAGUUGGAGGAUCAAUCAGAAGGAAAGUCCUUGAAGAAGUGUUUGCUCAGUGAGAAGAAGCAGACCUUGAGGGAACUACUCGCUGCCAGGUUUAAGGAGAAGGAAGCCCAGACUCAGGCGCCGGAUGGUUCUUCGGACAUUGCCGCAGCAGAGGAGCAGCUGGAGAAGCAGGAACAGCAGGAGAUUCAGGAGAAGCUGGAGAAGCACGAGAAGCCAGUGAAGCUGGAGAAGGAGGAGAAUCAGGUGAAACAGGAGCAGCAGGAACAGCAGAAGAAGAAGGAGAAGCAGGAGGAUCAGGAGAAGCAUGAGAAGCAGGAAAAGGAGGAGAAGCAGGAGAACCAGGAGAAGGAGGAGACGCCAGUGAAGCUGGAGCAGCAGGAGAAGGUGAAGGAGCAGGAGAAGCUGGAGAAGCAGGAGCAGAUGGAAAAGCAGGAGCAGCAGGAGAAGCAGGAGCAGCAGGAAGAGCGGGAGGAUCAGGAGAAGCAGGAGCAGCAGGAGGUUCAGGUGAAGCAGGAGAAGCAGGAGAAGGAGGAGAAGCCACAGGAGAAGCAGGAGAAUCAAGGGAAGCAGCAGGAGCAGCAGGAGAAGGAAGAUCAGCAGAAGAAGCAGGAGCAGCAGAAGAAGCAGGAGAAUCAGGUGAUGCAGGAGCAGCAGGAGAAGCAGGUGCAGCAGCAGGAAAAGUACCAAUCUGUUCCAAAGAGAGCUCCACUUGCGCUCACCCCAAAGCAGCGUGUGGACGCCUUGGGCCACGUGGUGAGGCUCAUCAGCGGCCAGUUGGACCAGUUGGUCAGCGACGUGAGUCGCUCGAUCAUGGAGGCACAGCGCGAACUGCCGGUCAAGCCACCGGUGGUGGUGUCCACCCUGAUCCGCUCCAGGCAGACGCCCAAGCUGAAGCUCCGGGAUGUGAGGCGAGUGAUCAAGGGCAUGGUGCCGCAUCGUUUGUACCAGAUCGUCGAGGUAAUUAUCUACGAUGAUUGAGCAAAUUACUGUGUUGAUUUUGUAGUAGAACUGCUGAUACACUUACCAGCCUGAGAAAUAAAAUAUGGAAAUGCA